AUGAGUUUUAAAGUACAAUCUCCUGAUUUAUUUGAAAGACAAUUAACAGAUCCAGAAUAUCCUGGAGAAGGAGAAGCUUUUUAUCAAUUUAAAUCAUAUAAAGAGUUACAAUCCUGGAUUGAAGUUCGUAAUCUUUACACUCCAUAUACAAUUCAACAAACUAAAAUAUUUGAUAUUGGGGAAUUUGAAUUAAAAGAAAAUUCUAAAAAUAGUAGAUUGAAAAGAUUUGGUUUUGCAAGGCAUGGAUAUCAAAAAUUGGUUUGUCAUUUACAUAAGAAGAGAGAUAGAAGUGGUGAGGAUAAACAAUUAAUUCAAUUAAAUUUUAUAUCACCGUCAAUUUCAACAAAUACGCCAUUGUCGUCUUGUUCAGUAAUUGAUCGACCAGCAUCUCAUCAUCAACUACCAACUCAUCAACCACUUCCACGUCAACAAAUUCCACAACAACCAUUUCCACAUCAACAAUUUUCACAACAACCACCUCCCCAUCAACAAAUUCCACAUCAAUCACGUCCUUGUCAACAAGUUUUUAUUCAGCAACUUAACGUUCAACAACUUAACGUUCAGCAACUUAACGUUCAAGUAUCAAAUCCAACUAUAUAUGUGCAAACUCCUAGUCAACCAUCUUUUAAUGGUCAGUUCUAUAAUCGACAACAACCUUUCAGCCAACCUUAUAACGGACAACAACCUUUUUGUCAACCAUCUUCUAAUAAGCAAGUUCAACCGAUUCAGACAGCUAUGCAAAAUUCUCGUCAACAAGUAAAUACAUCAAAUUCCACAUCAAACUUGUCCAAUUUUAACCAAAUGGAACAUAAUGAAAUUUAUUCAAAUUCUAGAUUACACUCAUUCGAGGAAAUUUUCCCUACUAUCACAUACAAAAAACCUUUAAAAUUCAAAACAAGCCAACCUUCGAAUAAGAAUACCCGUGGUUGUAAAAGUUCAAUAACAAUUAGUUUAGUCGAUUAUGUUUAUAAUGUUACAUGGAAAACUUCGCACGAUCAUGAUUAUACAUCAAGAGAUUAUGCAAAUAAAUUACCAGUUCAUCCAAUUGUUAAAAAAUAUAUAUUUAAUUUAUAUUUAUAUGGGGUACAAACUGAAUCUAUAAGUCGAAUGAUUAGAAAAUUACAAAAUGUAUAUAAAAAUGAUAAAUUUAUGUUUAAUGAAUUAUUAAAGCUUGAUAUCGAUAAAUUAAAUAAUAUUAGAUUAUCAGUAGUUGAAGAUAGUAAAAAUAUAAUCAAAGGAAUAAAUGAUGUAAUUGAAAAAAUAGACUUAAAAGAUGUGAAUAACGAAAAUUCAAAAGCUCAAAAUAAUGAGGAAACCUUACCUGGAUCUCAAUCUAAUCCAAUCGAGAUCUGA